CAUUCUGCCGCAGGGUGAGCUUGCGUUAGGAGUAGCACGCGGUCCUGAAUCCGAAUCAAAGCAUGAGGACGUUCGUGUUAGUGAUGGUCCUGGCGAUGCUGCUUGGCUCCACUAAGGGCUGGGCGGUCUUCGAUUCCGCUAGCCAGGUGGGCGCCAGUGAGCACAACAUUGUCAAAAGAGAAGGAAAAGGCCCUGAAAAUGAUGACGAUGUUACAAGUCAGAAUGGAGAUGACGAUGACGACGAAAAUUAUUAUGAUGAUGACGAUCAGAACCAUAGUGAUGAUGGCGAUGAAGAGUAUGGGUAUAGUGAUGAUUAUGUCACUGAAGAUGAUGAUUAUAGUGGUAGCGGUAGUGGUGAUGGCGAUGAAAAUGGCAGUGGAGAUGCUAAUGAUAAUGAUGACUGAUAAAGAAACGUCAUUGAAGAGGCAGGACAGAAAACGGACGAGCAUGCACCGUGACUCAUAGGGACCUUCUACCUUAAGCGGAUUUGAUAUACCUUCUUCGUAAAUCGCCCUCAGCCUUCUUCUACGUGUUAAAAUGACUUGUGCGCUUUCUUCUGAUUCCACGGGUGCCUCUUUACCUCGUGGACUUUGGUUUGGCCUUGCGAACCAAUAGGAUCACGUAUAUUUCAUUAGGAUCCUGUAUUUUUACUUAUGAUCAUUUAUAUUUAAUAAAGAUAUGGCAGUAUUAUCCAGGUGGAAUAUCGAAGAAAAGUGUAAACCGGUUAAAUUUCAGCUAAGGCUAAUCCUCCUUACGGUAUUUUCGAUUCUUACCAAAAUUUAAAUAUUAUAGGAUCAAAUUUCUACCAUAAACACACACACUAACUUGUGUGUCAUAUAUAAACACAUUAAACGUUAUUCAGGUGCCUAUCAUUAUUCAGAUUCAUGUAUGCUAUUAUUCACAACGAUUCCCUUCACUAUAAACGUUGCAAAGUG